GUUGCAUCUGACAAAAUGAGGGAAAUUGUGCAUCUUCAGGCUGGCCAGUGUGGAAACCAGAUUGGUGCUAAGUUCUGGGAGGUUAUAAGCGAUGAGCAUGGCAUUGACCCAACUGGCACAUACCACGGUGACAGUGACCUGCAACUGGACAGGAUCAAUGUCUACUACAAUGAAGCCUCAGGUGGAAAAUAUGUUCCGAGGGCUGUACUGGUUGACUUGGAACCAGGCACCAUGGACUCUGUGAGGUCCGGACCUUUUGGCCAGGUCUUCAGACCAGACAACUUUGUCUUUGGCCAGAGCGGUGCUGGUAAUAACUGGGCUAAGGGUCAUUACACUGAAGGUGCAGAGCUGGUGGACUCUGUCUUAGAUGUGGUGAGGAAGGAGGCUGAGAGCUGUGACUGCCUCCAGGGUUUCCAGCUUACACACUCUCUGGGUGGUGGCACUGGCUCGGGAAUGGGCACUCUCCUCAUCAGCAAAAUCCGGGAAGAGUACCCCGAUCGCAUCAUGAACACCUUCAGCGUGGUGCCUUCCCCAAAAGUAUCCGACACAGUAGUUGAGCCUUACAACGCCACACUGUCAGUCCACCAGCUUGUAGAGAACACAGAUGAGACCUACUGCAUCGACAACGAGGCUCUGUACGAUAUCUGCUUCCGCACCCUGAAGCUCACCACUCCCUCAUACGGCGACCUCAACCACCUGGUCUCGGCCACCAUGAGCGGUGUCACCACCUGCCUCAGGUUCCCUGGACAGCUUAAUGCAGAUUUGCGCAAACUGGCUGUCAACAUGGUGCCCUUCCCCCGUCUGCAUUUCUUUAUGCCUGGGUUUGCCCCCCUCACAAGCAGAGGCAGCCAGCAGUACAGGUCCCUCACUGUGCCUGAGCUCACUCAGCAGAUGUUUGAUGCCAAAAACAUGAUGGCCGCUUGUGACCCACGCCACGGGCGCUACCUGACUGUGGCCGCCAUCUUCCGUGGCCGCAUGUCCAUGAAGGAGGUGGACGAGCAGAUGCUCAAUGUGCAGAACAAGAACAGCAGCUACUUCGUCGAAUGGAUCCCCAACAAUGUCAAGACCGCCGUGUGUGACAUUCCCCCUCGUGGUCUCAAGAUGGCUGCCACCUUCAUUGGCAACAGCACAGCCAUUCAAGAGCUGUUCAAGCGCAUCUCUGAGCAAUUUACAGCCAUGUUCAGGCGCAAGGCUUUCCUCCAUUGGUACACGGGCGAGGGCAUGGAUGAGAUGGAGUUCACUGAAGCGGAGAGCAACAUGAAUGACCUGGUGUCUGAGUACCAGCAGUACCAGGAUGCCACUGCUGAGGAGGAGGGUGAAUUUGGUGAGGAUGAAGAGGAGGAGGAGGAUAUGGGCUAA